CGAGAGGGGAUCGCAUAUCGACGCUCUGGAGGGAAGAAAGCGAAAGCGAAGCCGACUUUUUGCGCCUGGUUUUUGUUGAGGUCGCGACCUGCCUCUCUUUACCCUAUUGUCGACAUGAAGUCAUUCCGAGCUGUGUUGACGAUGCUGGCGCUGGGAGCCGCCUGCACCGCCUUCGACCUGAAGCUGGCCACCUUCAACAUCAGGCAACUCGGGGAUGCGAAGUUGGAUAAGCCCGCCGUGGUGGAAAUCCUUCUACAGCCUCACCGACUGAGACUGCAUUUCAUCGCAAGUUCGGCUUCCGUGUCGUUCUCGCGACCGCAGAUCCUGGACGACUACGACCUGGUGUCCAUCCAGGAGCUGACGGAUGCGGACGGGAGCUGCGUCCCGCGCCUGCUCGACCUCCUCAACGAGGCGUCGGGGAAGGAAUACACGAACCACACGUCGCCGAGGCUCGGCAACUCGGACACCAAGGAGCAGUACCUCAUCCUGUACCGACCUUCCGUCGUCCAAGUGAAGAACAGCCUCCUCUACGACGACGUCGGCGACGACUUCGAACGGGAACCGUACUACGUCACUUUUGAAGCCGGGAAUCUCGGAUUGACUCCAUCUAUCCUCGCAUUGUCUCUCAUCACAAUGUCGAUCACGUCGCAUCAUGUUGCAGGAGGCUACGAGUUCACGAUCGGGUCCAUCCACACGAGGCCCACCGCAGCGGUCCCGGAGUUGGACCAUUUCGCACUCGCCACGGACUGGGUGACGGACGCCUCCGGCGUACAGGAGUUCAUUCUACUGGGCGAUUUCAAUGCGGACUGCGAUUACGUGAAGGAAAGCGAUUGGGCCAACAUCAGUCUCUGGACCCGACCCGAGUUCCAGUGGCUCGUGCGCCACGACGAGGACACCACCGCUAAUGGGAACACCUUCUGCGCCUACGAUAGGGUGGUGGUGAAGGGGUCCGCCCUUUCCGGGAGGGUCGGGGGCGUCCGGGUGAGGCCCUUCGACCAGGAAUUCGAGCUCGGGCAGGAGGAGGCUCUGGACGUGUCGGACCAUUAUCCGGUAGAGUUCACGCUCUCGCGGAACGGAACCUGGGCAGGAGAGGAGAGGAGAGUCUCGUCCGUCACGCUGGGGAAGGCGAGGCAGCCGGGGAGGUCGCACUCGUCGAGGGUAGUGGUGCGGGAGGGGCAGCCUGUGAGGGGCGGGGACCAUCUCGAAGCCCGGGAGGAACCUCUGGACGUGGUGGAUGUCGUCCUCGAGGAUUCGCUCCGGCAGAGUCGCGUAUGUCGCCCUGAAACAUCCGGGGAAGUUUCAUCUCGCCUACGUCGUCUUGGUGACGAUGAUCGGAUCGUCCUGCGUGGCGUUCCCGCUGUCAUCGUGCAUCUGGUAGAAAAACGUGUUGACAUUCCA